AUGUUGUAUCCUCCAACUAUUGCGGACGAUGAGGUUGUAGAUGUGCUAGAAUCAACAGAUGAUGAAGUUGAUGAGGGAUUAGAAGUGAAGAAAAAGUGGCAGAAAGGGAUAAGCGAACAUUUUACUGAUGGAUUCGUAUUCGAUUGUGUCAGUGGAGAAGACAAAGAAGUUGAUAUAUUGAAAUGCCUGCAGUCGUAUGUGAAAAAAGGAACCAGCAGUACGUUGGAAGAAAAAAUUGAACGAGAACGCGCAAAACUUCUUGGCUCCGAAUCACUGGAGAAGAUUCCUGAACUUGUGCAGGAAAUGGAAAACAUUUCCGAUAAUGUUCGUGUAAAGCAGCGAAAGAAAAAGCGAUGUUAUGCAACAGAUAGUUUUUUUGAUGAUGUCACAAGUAGUAAAGCGCUAAACGCAGAAAUAGCUAUUGGUUUUGAUCAAAUGAAUCUCUCCAGGGCGCUUCUAAAGGCCAUAACAGCAUGCGGUUUUGCUGAACCUACUCGAAUACAAAGUACAUGCAUACCCCUUGCACUUGCAGGGCGUGAUCUGUGUGCAUGUUCUGCAACAGGAACUGGUAAAACAGUCGCUUUCAUGUUACCAAUUUUAGAGCGUUUAUUGUAUCGACCGCAGCAAAAAUCAGUGACUAGAGUGAUUGUACUAACGCCAACAAGAGAAUUAGCCAUACAGACAUUUCAAGUUAGUCAUCAGCUAUCGAAGUUUAUGAGCAUCGAUAUAUGUUUGUGUGCAGGUUCGUCUUUUUCACAAACAUAG